CUUGUAUCCAUUCAUGUUGCUCAUUUUAAGUUAUAGCGGAAGACUUGGUGCCUGUACGAGGUCCUGCCAUUUGUACACAAGCCCGGCUACAGAAGAGGAGGCGACUCAACUAAUGGAAUAUGGAGUGUAUUCCAGUAAGCAUUGACGAUCUUGAGGGUAAAAAGGACCCAGUUGUAGAAGACCCAGAGCACAAUGUGUACACCAGGUUUAUGAAGUCCCACCGCUGUUAUGACCUUGUGCCCACCAGCUCCAAAUUGGUUGUGUUUGAUACUUCACUUCAGGUGAAGAAGGCAUUUUUUGCUCUUGUUUCUAAUGGGGUAAGAGCAGCCCCUCUGUGGGACAGUAAGAAGCAGUGCUUUGUUGGUAUGCUAACCAUCACAGACUUCAUUAACAUUCUUCAUCGUUACUACAAAUCUCCGUUGGUUCAGAUAUAUGAGUUAGAAGAACACAAAAUUGAAACAUGGAGAGAGGUGUACCUUCAAGACUCUUUCAAGCCUUUGGUUAGCAUAUCUCCCAAUGCAAGUUUGUAUGAUGCGGUAUCAUCUCUGCUGAAGAACAAGAUCCACAGAUUGCCUGUUAUCGACCCCCUGACAGGAAACACACUCUAUAUUCUCACACACAAGAGGAUUCUCAAGUUCCUGAAGCUAUUUAUAUCAGAAAUGCCCAAACCCUCAUUCUUGAGGCAAACUUUAGAGGAACUAAACAUCGGGACAUUCCAAAACAUAGCAGUGGUCCGUGCAGACACACCGCUAUACACAGCGCUGGGUAUUUUCGUUGAGCAGCGAGUGUCUGCGCUCCCUGUUGUGGAUGACAAAGGUCGUGUGGUGGACAUCUACUCAAAAUUUGAUGUUAUAAACCUGGCAGCAGAGAAGACGUACAACAACCUGGAUGUGACAGUGACCAAAGCCUUGCAGCACCGCUCUCAGUACUUUGAAGGAGUGCUGACCUGCAACAGGCAUGAGACCCUCGAGGCCAUCAUCAACAGACUAGUGGAGGCUGAGGUGCACAGGCUGGUGGUGGUAGACGAGCAGGAUGUGGUGAAGGGAAUUGUCUCCCUUUCAGAUAUCCUCCAGGCACUAGUGCUUACUGAUGGAGAAGAGGGCACAGCUUGAGGAAGUCACUCAGACACGGGAAGGCUACACAUUAAGAUGAGGCUGAAGCAAAAACGAACAGAGCAGGCAUGUGAGAGGGGAACUAUAAUAUUAUAGUGAAGUGUCAUCCAUCUCCUUUAACAUUCACACAUGAAGACUUCUCCCUUUCUGCAAAAAGUACACCGAGUUUUAGCAGUACUGCAAUAUAUUACUGUAGUAGUGCAGGACACACAGAACCUCCUGUAAAUCGAGCCGAAUUCCAAGAGAGCCAACAAAGACGUAGCCACAGAGAAUAACCCAGCACCAUUCCCACCUCUGUGGCUGCUGUGAUGAUCUGCAUAGAGGGGGCAGAUUAGAAAUGUAUUCCCAGUUAUAAAAGAAUCAGUUAGCUUCUAAAGGAACACUGAUUUACCUGGGCUGCGUUUUGUUGGCAGCCUUUCGUUUCUAUUGUCUACAAGCACAUCAAACCUAUCUGAGGGUCAUUUUAAACUGUGUACCUUCAGCAGAUCAACAUUUAAUGUGUGUUAUCUUUCUGAUAUGUUAGACAUUUUCCUGAGCCUGAACCAGUUUAAAUGAUCUUGUUAUUUCUAAUUCAGUUAGCUUGAUUAUUUAAAUGCAGGCAGAGAAUCGAACUGUUUAUCUCUUUUAACUUCGGCCACGGCACUCUUCCAAUUUGCAGACAUAUUGACUAAUAACUAAAGUGUCUUUAUUUAUGUAUACAUAUUGCACAUGCAGUACAUGCAUAUAAAACAGCCACUCAAUACCUUUGCAUUGAGUGUACAAUUAUCUAGCUUAAUUUUUGAUUCAAACACUAUACUUUGAAGACCUUGGAGCUUAAAAAAUGGGACGGUCUGGUUUAAAUCUAUUUAGUAAGUCAGAAUUAUUGCAAGUUUCAGCUACAGUUUUUGCAGUUAGGAGCAUGCUAAGAAUUCAAGGGCUCAGAGUUCGAUUUGUUGUUUAGCCAGACAGCAAAGUAGCAAAUCUGGAACAUUACUUUAGGCUCCUGUGGCAACCUUAUCAGUGACGUCUAGAAAACCAUUCAUUCUGCUGUUAGAGACGACCGUUAUUCAUUAUGUAUUUAUGUAUUUUAUGUUUUUCCAUUUUGUGUGUUGUUGUCAAGUAUAACUAUGUGUAAUGGAUUGUACAUUUUACUCACACACAUUUCUCUCUGCCUCUUUUGUUACCCACACUUUGAGUUUUAGCAUUACUAGUGUUAAAGGGAUUUACUUGUUGCCUCUGUGCUGCAAAAUCUCUUUGUUUUUACAAGUAAUGGUCAAUUUAUCAAUUUUUGGUAUUCUUAUGAUUUUAUGUAAUCAGUGUGUAUAUUCACAUCACAGUCAGUGAUGAUUUCAGAACAUCAGAUAUUCUGGGUUUAUUCACAGUUUUUUUUGUUUAUUGUGUUUAGAGGACGAUAAAAAUCACCAGCGUCUCCUUUUCAUUUUCAAAAGAGGAUAUGUGAAGAAUAUGUUAGACUUAACUGUUUUGGUAAACAUGAAACAUGAAAAUGCAGUUUUUGUACUAAUCUGCAUUGAGAUUUUAAUUUAACUGUUGAGCAAUAAAGGUUCAGGAGUGUGCUUCA